UCCAUCGGAGAGAUUCGAGAUCUCGCGGCUCCCGUCGUCUCUUCGCCCCCUCAGCUGCUAUCUCCGAUCCAUCGCUAAUCCACUGUUAGCUUCUUAGGAUUGAUUUUUGGCGCGUUAUUAUAAUAAGCCUUCGUGAUCGAUCUAGGGUUCCCGCGAGAUCUGAGAUUUCAUCUUUUUUGUCCCGUAGUCAUCAUCUUCUUCGCCGUCCCUAAAAAUCGUAACAAUGUCUCGGUGUUUCCCGUUCCCGCCACCUGGAUAUGUAGUGAACGGAAUCCGCGAUGAGGCUAUGAUCGAAUCGAUCAAGGGGGCUGAGGACAAGUGUAAUAAAGAACAGAGGAAGAAGGAGAGAAAAAGAGAUAAGAAAGAGAACAAGGAUAAGAAGGAUAAAAAGAGGAAGGAGAGGGAAAGAGGGGAAGGGGAAAGCGAAAAACACUCUCAUAAGAGAAGGCGAAAAGAGGAAGUUGCCAAAGAUGUUCAGAACAACCAGAAAGUUGAUGUUUUUGGCAAACUAAAAGAAAGUGAAAUAAACUGUUUGGAGAAGAGCAGCCUUACUGUGGAACGUGAGCUGGUUCAGUCCACGUCUCAAAACUCUUGUGAUAGCACUCUUAACAGCAAUGACAAGGUUAAGCAGCCUCUCAAUGGUAGACAUAACAGCAAUGAGCUACCUAAGGAGAUGGAGAAGGAGAAGCAGCCUCUCGAUGGUAGACAUAAUAACAACAACGACUCUGAAAGCAUCAUUCGGAUUCGGUUGCCUAUUCGAAGGCCGAAAGAUCCUGAGGUGAUGGUGAUGACCAACAAGGAUCAACCUUGUCCUUCCCGGGAAAUAAAGUUAGAUAGUCUUGUUACUAAAGAGCAGCCGCAACAACAUCCUUGUUCCACUUCUGCACCACAACAAGAGAAGAGAAAAAAACACACUUCCUCAAGGAAACACAAAGAGAAGAAGAAAGUGCCGUCUUCUACUACUGAAGAAACUUAUCAACCUUCAAGGCUAUGCAGGUUGUGCCCUCCAUCAGUGGCGGAGCACUUCUUGAAUGUAGUUGAGAAUUGGGUCCCUAACACGAUCGAGAGCAGCGUAGAGCUAACUAACUCUGAAGAUGACGACGAAUCUUGGUGGUUGAUGAAGAAGAAGAAGCCAAGUAGCCACAAGAUCGACACAUGCAAACAGCUUAACAGAAACAAUGAGACCAAGGAAGUACUAAUAAGCAGUUCAAUAGCAUGGCCACGUGCUAGCCUUUUACCAGAAGCUCAUGUCUACGCCUUACCUUACACCGUCCCUUUCUGAUAACAUCAAAGACUCAAAACCUGGUCGAGAUAUCUAUGUACCGGACUCGGACCAGAUAAUUUUUUUUGGUUUAGCCUUAAAUGUUUGUUUGUAUAAGUACACUGUUCGUUAUUCUUAGUAAAAUCAGUAUUACGCCUUA